AUGGUCGUGAAAAUCAGAUUAGCCCGCUUCGGGCGCUGCAAAGCGCCUUUCUACAACAUUGUAGUUGCACAAGCUCGGACCGCCAGGAAUAGCAAGCCGAUCGAAGUCCUAGGGACAUACGACCCGAUUCCAAAACCACCAAUUGACGGUGAGGGAAAGCCGUUUAAAGACAUCAAGCUAGAUACCACGCGCGCGAAAUACUGGUUGGGAGUAGGCGCUCAGCCUAGUGAUCCAGCUUGGAGAUUAUUAUCUAUGGCCGGGUUGUUGAUUCCAAAAUAUCGUCCAAAGCCGACAACGCAAAACCAACCUCAGAUAACAAUAGAAAGCCAACCUGAGACGACCGAGAAGAUUGCACAUUGA